UAAAGAAGACUCCCAGGAGCUUUUGUUGUCAAGAAAGUCAUAGGAACAACUUUAAAAAAAUUAGCAGAGUACGGAAAGACAUGUACAAUGACACAUUAAAUGGCAGUACAGAGAAAAGGAGUGCAGAAUUGCCUGAUGCUGUGGGACCUAUUGUUCAGUUACAAGAGAAACUCUAUGUGCCUGUAAAAGAAUAUCCAGAUUUUAAUUUUGUUGGGAGAAUCCUUGGACCUAGAGGACUUACUGCUAAACAGCUUGAAGCAGAAACAGGAUGUAAAAUAAUGGUCCGAGGCAAAGGCUCGAUGAGGGAUAAAAAGAAGGAGGAGCAGAACAGAGGCAAGCCUAAUUGGGAGCAUCUCAAUGAAGAUUUACAUGUACUGAUCACUGUGGAAGAUGCUCAAAACAGAGCAGAGAUCAAACUGAAGAGAGCCGUUGAGGAAGUGAAGAAAUUACUGGUACCUGCAGCAGAGGGAGAAGACAGCCUGAAGAAGAUGCAGCUGAUGGAGCUUGCAAUUCUGAAUGGCACCUACAGAGAUGCCAACAUUAAAUCACCAGCCCUUGCCUUUUCUCUUGCAGCAACAGCCCAGGCUGCUCCACGGAUUAUCACUGGGCCUGCGCCUGUUCUCCCACCAGCUGCCCUGCGUACCCCUACGCCAGCUGGCCCUACCAUAAUGCCUUUGAUCAGACAGAUACAGACCGCUGUCAUGCCAAACGGAACUCCUCACCCGACUGCUGCAAUAGUUCCUCCGGGGCCCGAAGCUGGUUUGAUCUACACACCCUAUGAGUACCCCUACACGUUGGCACCAGCUACAUCAAUCCUUGAGUAUCCUAUUGAACCUAGUGGUGUAUUAGGUGCGGUGGCUACUAAAGUUCGAAGGCACGAUAUGCGUGUCCAUCCUUACCAAAGGAUUGUGACCGCAGACCGAGUCACAAUGGCAACAGUACAGAAAAUUCUGUCAAACCUCAGAAUAUAGUAGAAAUAAUUAAGCUGUUGAAUGAGUCUUAAAAAUCAUACUACUGUUAAGUGGACCAAGUUUGGUGAAGCAGAAUGUGACAGAGGUUGAUUUAUAAGGAAGGAACAACUCGAGGACACUGGGGACGAUAACUUUCCACUUGAGAACUACUUUAUGUUUUACUGUAAUUUUUUAAUUUUUUUUGUUCUGUUUGUUGUUUUGCAAAAGAAAAUAGUAUUUACAGGUGGCUUCUUUUAAAAUAUAAAAUAUAAAGCAGGAAUGUAUAUGAAAUGUCAGAUUUUAUUGUAUUUGCAGAGUAUUAGCUUUGAAAUUGAAUAAAGAAAGCUGUUUGUAGUUUUAAAAUGCCUUAUUGGUAUCAAUUAGAAAUUUCUUCUAUUUUUUGAUGUACUUAGAGCUUUUUGAGUAUAGAAUUUUAAAUGGCAGGAUUUUACAGUGUUUACAUGCAAGUGCAUUUUAUAAGUGUUCUAUAUGUGUAAAAUAGUAUUUUCAACUGGAAAGUGUUGGCCAGCGCAAAAGGCCUGGCCUUUUUCUGGUUCCCAUGAUGUUGCCUACACUGCUAGACUACAGUUUAGUAUUGCUUUGUAUCAUAAGGCCAAGAAAUUCCAUGUUGUUUGUAAAUAGAAUAAUUGAAAAAGCAAUAAACAUUUAUUGAACAAAA